AAAUUUCCUCCCCCGGCUAAGGUGUGGCGAGGGUAGAAUUGAGCAGCAUGAACAAGGGUUUGUGGGAUCUGGGAUGGCCCAGCAUAGGGGAAAUUGUGUAAUUGUAUCUGCUGCCAUGCGAAGCUGCUGUAUCAUGUUGACACGGGGCCACCUGCUUGGAGUUUUGCAGAAUGGGCCUUAGGAGAUUUAUCCAAGCCUCUUAUUUCCAAUGUGCCAGAACAUCAGGAAUCCUAAAGCAUGUACGAUACAAACCUCCAAGUUUGGUACAGUGGAGGUAUUCUGGAUCAAGUCUCUAUAAAGCUGUAAUCUUUGACAUGGGGGGAGUUCUUCUCCCUUCCCCUUACCGGGUGGCUGUAGAAUGGGAGGUGCGGAAUCGUAUUCCUCCUGGCACUAUCAAACAAGCCUUAAUAUCUGGAGGGGAGAACAGGCCCUGGAUGAGGUACAUGAGAGGGGAGCUGACAUCAGCGGAGUUUUUGCAAGAAUUUGGACAUCAGUGCUCUGAGAUUGCAAACUUGUCUGUUCCAGUGGACUCCUUUCUCUCUGAUCUAACCAGUAGUCAGAUGUCGAAACAGCUCCCCAUUAUGACUGAAGCCUUAGAGUGUAUCCGGGCAGAAGGUCUUAAGACAGCUGUUCUAAGCAACAACUUCUACCUUCACAGUGGGGUGAGCUUUUUGCCCCUAGACCGAAACCAGUUUGACGUGGUAAUUGAAUCUUGCCGGGAAGGGAUAUGCAAACCAGACCCUCGUAUCUAUACGUUAUGCUUGGAGCGCUUGGGUGUUCAGCCAAAGGAGUCCAUCUUCCUUGAUGAUAUUGGGCAGAACUUGAAAGCAGCCGCCCAGCUUGGCAUUAAGACAGUGAAGGUUGAUGACCCAGAAGCAGCUCUCAAAGAGUUAGAAACCUACGUGGGUUUCCCUUUGCGGGGAUUUGUUCCACACACUCGCCUAGUGAGACCAACAAUGGAAAUUCCAAAAGAUCCCCUACAGAAGUACCUUGAAGAGGUCCUAGGUGGCCGGACAACAGGUCCUCUGAUAUUACGACAGUUCAGUCAUGGACAAUCUAACCCCACUUACUAUAUCAAGUUUGGGGAUCGUCACUUAGUCCUGAGGAAGAAACCUCCUGGCAACCUACUUCCGACUGCUCAUGCUGUGGAGAGGGAGUACAGGGUAUUGAAGGCUCUUGCUGAGGCCGGAGUUCCUGUUCCUAAAGUGCUUGCGCUCUGUGAAGAUUCAAGUAUCAUUGGCACCCCAUUCUACCUGAUGGAAUACUGCUCUGGCCACAUCUACAAGGACCUCUCCCUUCCUGGCCUGGACCCUGGCCAGCGGAGGGCUAUUUACAUGGCUAUGAACAAAGUCCUCUGUAAAAUCCAUAGAGUAGACCUCAAAGCGGCUGGACUGGAGGAUUAUGGGAAGCAUGGUAACUAUGUUCAACGGCAAGUUCAAACCUGGACGAAGCAGUAUCGAGCCACAGAAACCCACACUAUUCCUGCCAUGGAGAGACUCAUUGAGUGGCUCCCAUUGCAUCUCCCAGGGAACCAGAAGACCACGGUUGUGCAUGGAGAUUUCAGGCUGGAUAACCUGAUUUUUCAUCCAGAGGGUCCAGAAGUCCUUGCUGUCCUCGACUGGGAACUUUCUACCUUAGGAGAUCCCAUCUCUGAUGUGGCGUACAACUGCAUGGCCCACUAUAUGCCUUCUGACUUGGAUAUGUUGAAAGGUUUGAAGAACUGUGAUGUAACACAGUUGGGAAUUCCCACAGCAGAGGAGUAUUUUCAGAUGUAUUGUGAGCACAUGGGAAUUCCACCCAUUGAGAACUGGAAUUUCUACAUGGCCUUUUCCUUUUUCAGAGUGGCCGCCAUCUUGCAGGGUGUGUACAAACGCUCGCUCACAGGUCAAGCAAGCUCAGCUGCAGCUGAAAGCAGCGGAAAGCAGGUGGAGCUCAUGGCCAACUUAGCGUGGGACUUUGCUACAAAAGAAGGAUUUCGAGUGUUUAAAGAAUGUCCAGCUGCAAAACCUUUAGCAAGACCUUACAGUACCUGGACCAGGAAUGGGGCAUUCUCCAGGAGAAACUAUGUCACCAUGGCACCUUCCUCACCAGCUCACACUUCCAAAGCUCAUCUUAUUCUUUCUCCUGACGGCCUUCCCGGAAGAGCCCAGGAUCUUUACCACAAGCUGAGGAGAUUCAUGGAAAUCCAUGUCUAUCCUGCUGAGCAGGUUCUGAGAGAUCAUCAGGUUUCACAGUCUAGAUGGACUCCACAUCCUCUUAUAGAAGAGCUGAAGGACAAGGCAAAGUCUGAAGGACUGUGGAACCUUUUCUUACCCGCGGAGAGUGAUCCAGAAGUGAAAUAUGGAGCGGGCCUCACAAACCAAGAGUUUUCCCAUUUGUGUGAGCUCAUGGGAACAUCACUGUUUGCGCCCGAGAUAUUCAACUGCUCUGCCCCUGACACUGGGAACAUGGAGGUGCUGGUUCGAUAUGGGACGGAAGAGCAGAAGGAACGCUGGCUGCAGCCUCUGUUGGACGGGAAGAUACGCUCGUGCUUUGCUAUGACUGAGCCGCAGGUUGCUUCAUCUGAUGCCACCAACAUCGAAUCUUCAGUCGUAGAAGAAAAGGGUUUCUACAUUCUAAAUGGGCAUAAAUGGUGGAUUUCAGGGGCUCUGGAUCCUCGUUGCCAGCUCUGUGUGUUUAUGGGGAAGACCGACCCGGAAGCCCAGCGCCACAAACAGCAGUCAAUGCUCUUAGUUCCCAUGGACACUCCAGGCAUAACAGUCACCAGGCCUCUCAGUGUAUUUGGCGAAGAAGAUCCCCCAGCUGGCCAUGGGGAGAUCUUAUUUGAAAAUGUGCGAGUGCCCAAAGAAAAUAUACUGCUGGGACCUGGCCGAGGCUUUGAAAUUGCACAAGGGAGACUAGGGCCCGGACGGAUUCACCACUGCAUGAGGCUCAUUGGCUAUUCCGAAAGGGCACUGGCGCUCAUGAAGGAGCGAGUGACGUCUCGUGUGGCCUUUGGGAAACCCCUAGUCGAACAGGGCACUAUCCUGGAAGACAUUGCCAAGUCCCGCGCUGAGAUUGAGCAGGCCCGGCUUCUUGUCCUGAAGGCUGCCCUCCUCAUGGAUACAGCUGGCAACAAGGCAGCUGCUCUAGAGAUCGCCAUGAUCAAAAUGGUGGCUCCAUUGAUGGCUCUGCGGGUUAUUGAUCGUGCUAUCCAGGCCUUUGGAGCAGCAGGUCUCAGUAACGAUUACCCACUGGCACAGUUCUUUGCCUGGGCGCGAGCCCUGCGUCUCGCCGACGGACCCGAUGAAGUUCACAGGACAGCAGUCGCUAAAUUGGAGCUGAAACGCUAGCCCUGGCCCGCUGUGAAAAAGAACCACUAGGAGGCAGAAGAGGAAUCUCCCAGCUGCAGCCUUGGGAUGUGGAAAUGUGAGGGGGGGUGGUCCUCUGAUUAACACAGGGUGUUUGUGGGUGGCAAUAGCUCUUUCAUUUCAAUGUCCUUGCAGAUUGCCAGAGCCCUGGGGACAGAGGCAAUGCGCUCCCCAGUUGGCUUUAAUGCUGGGCUCAUUUGGUGGUGGAACAAAAAGCAGAAAAUGUGUCCUUGAGCCAUGCAGAGUGGCCUUGCUCCAGCUGCGAUGAGGCUGGCUGCAACCCCUGCGAGUCCCAGCCCUGCUCUCAGGCUUCCUGGGCUAGCGCGUGCUCAGCCUUCAGGGAUGGAGAGGAAAGUCUUGUCACCCAGCAGCAGCCCUCCAGGGGCCUGCUCUGGAAAGACUUAUUGACUUCACUGGGCAUUAGCUCAGGCCCCGGUUGGCGGAGGUGCUGACUGGUUCGAAGGGAACCCUGCUCCUCGGAAGGGACGGAUGCCCAGGCUGGGGUGAAGGGAGGAGGGGAAUUGGGUGGCUCCUGAGGACUCUGCCAAGGAAGUCGAGCUCUAGUUCUGUGAUUUGCUGUGUUUGGGGCGUGGGGGUUGCCAUUUGCCACCUGAAUAUACUUGUUCACACUUCUGUAAUUCACAUCGCUCUGCAGAGAGAAAAGAAUCAUGGAAGGAAUUGCGCUGAUUUCUGCGCCAUUCAUUAGUAACGUCGGAUCAAAUCAGAAUAAAAAUAAUGGACCCAC